AUGCAGCACGAAAGCCUGCCGCCCAGCUGCUGCAGAAGGAAAGUGUACAGGGUGCGUUCGGCAUCAUCACCACCACCCUGCUUUGAAGAAGGCUGGCGACUACAGCAGCUCGAUCUGCCCCCUGGUGUGUGUAACCUCCUGAAUCCAGCCACAAUAUACGCUAACAAUGAGAUCCGCCUGGGUGAAGUUGAGAUCUAUGGUUUCGAAUAUGACUACACCCUCACUCAGUAUUCAAGUUCCUUGCACAAAAUGAUCUUCAGUACUGCCAAAGAAAUCCUGGUUGAAGAGUUCAAGUAUCCUAAAGGCAUUAGGACCUAUGAAUAUAUUCUUAUGUUUGCUAUAAGAGGUCUCCACUAUGAUGUGCAGAAGAGCCUUCUGAUGAAGAUCGAUGCUUUCCACUACAUUCAGUCUGGAACGGCAUAUAGGGGCUUGCAGCCUGUAUCUGAUGAAGAAGUUGCUGAGAUGUGUGGAGGGACUCAGCACAUCCCCUUGUAUCAGAUGAGCGAUUUCUAUGGGAAGGGUCCCUCCAUCAAACAAUUCAUGGAUAUAUUUUCUUUUCCAGAAAUGACUCUUCUGUCCUGUGUCAAUGAUUAUUUCAUCACUCAUAGCAUUGAGUUUGACCCAGCUCACCUCUUCAAAGAUUUCACUGAUGACAUCAAGGACAUCCAUGUCAAAGGAAUGAUGCACAAAUGGAUCGAGAGAGACAUGGAGAAAUACAUUCUCCAUGGAGAUGAAACUGCUGUAUUGAACAGGCUGGUGAACGACGGAAGUAAUUUUUUUCUCAUUACAAACUGUAACGAACACCCUUUCAGCUUUGUUGACAAAGGGAUGAAAUACAUGGGUGGAAAGAACUGGAGGGAGUUGUUCGAUGCUGUCAUUGUCCAAGCUGACAAACCCAGCUUUUUCACAGACAGACGCAAUCCCUUCAGGAAACUAGAUGAGAGCGGGUCCCUCCAGUGGGACAGAAUCACUAAAAUGGAGAAAGGGAAGAUAUAUAGACAGGGAAAUCUGUUUGAUUUUCUGCAGUUGACUGGCUGGAGUGGAUCGAAAGUUCUGUAUUUCGAUGACCACUUGUACAGUGUCUUGGUAGACCUCAUGCUGCGUCACGGGUAGAGGACGGGUGCAAUUGUGCCAGAACUGCAGGCAGAAAUUCGGAUCAUCAACACGGAGCAGUACAUGCACUCGCUGACCUGGCUGCAAGCCCUCACUGGACUGCUGGAAAGAAUGCAGGUGCACCGUGAUACGUAAUCGAUAAAAGUCUUACAGGAGUGGAUAAAGGAGAGGCAAGAACUAAGGUCUCUAACAAAGAACCUUUUCAAUCGUCAGUUUGGGAGCAUUUUCAGGACCUUUCACAACCCCACCUACUUCUCUCGAAGGCUGUGCCAGUUCUCUGACCUCUACAUGUCAUCCAUCAGCUCCCUGCUCCCUGCCCAGUACACCUUCUACCCCUGUCGCACACCCCUGCAGCACGAAGCUCCCCUGUGGAUGGACCAGCUAUGUACAGGCUGCGUGAAGACUCCCUUCUUGGAGGAGAUGGUGCACAUCCGUUGAUAGUGACAGCCAGGGAGCAUGUUAGGCUGGCAACAUUUGGCACCAGUGAUACUCUGACCACACUUUCGCUUGUCGUCUCCACUUCUGACUCCUCUUCUGAUCACUUCACCACCCUUUCUUCCGUCAUGAGGCCUCUGAAACAUGUUCCCUGCUAGAAAAGAAAUAACCACUUCUCUGGUAAAUCACUUUGCUGUGUGUGUCUUUACCUUGUAGUGAUAAGUUGAGUUCAUCCAGUUUAGUGAACACAUCAGCAAGAUAUGCCAGAUGUGCAACCCACUCUGGGUCCUCAGACAGUGUAGCAAGGGGGUGCAGGUGCUCCUUCAGAAAAGCACAUACCUCGGUGUGAAGUUCAAACAGUCUCACUAGGGUUGUGCCACAGGAUAGCCACCGGCCAUCAGUAUGAAGCAAUAGGUGCUCAUGCGCUAAUUCAAUGUCUUGACACUGAAACAAUCUCUAGCCACAAAUGACUGCUGAUCUAGGAUGAAGCUUUUAUUUUUGGUGGGUGUUAAUGUUGUGGCUAGUAUGAGACAGCCCAGCACAGAGAACAGCUGGUGGACCUGUAGUAGCUGCCACUGUGUGGUCGUUGGGAGGACACGGGCUGUGUGAGAUAGCAAUGUAGGGAAGAGUGCAAGGACAGGAGCUGGCGGGAGGCUUCUUUCUCCUUUUAACAUCAUCAACACUGUUGAAGAGUUUCCUGGUGUGGAUGCACUAACAGUUUUCUGAUGUCCUCAGCCCUGGAGGGAGUUGACCUUGACACUGAGCUGUUGGAGUCCUGAGAACAGUGUCUGAGAUUGACAUCAAGGCAAUGUCAUCUAGACUACAGAGCUCUGAAUGUUGUUACAGGUAGUAAGGUCACUUGAAGCAGAGAAAACAUGGUCAAGUUAAUACUAGUGUCGCAUAGUGUGUAAACCUCUACUUUAGAUAAUGUCUUCUGAGUUCAAUGAUUUUAUCAAUUGGGAUAAAUAAAUAGAGCUUAUUUAGUUUUUAGCACUUAUUUAGUGCUAAAAGCAGAUGGCAUUCACCUUUUAUAUUUAGUUUUUUUUCUUCCUACUCAGAACAAGUUUAAUAAGCAGGUGAUGUUACCAUUGAGUGACCCUUUGUCUGUGGUCUCCUCAUAUCCUGCUACAGUAUAAUCAUCCCAUACAUUUUUAGGUCUAACAGGGGUUUACAGUAGCUGCAAAAUUAGCUGCUCACAAGGGUGAAGUGUUUAUUCUCAUGCUUUGAACCACAUCAACGAUAACAGUUACAGUACUUGUAGGGUUGUGCUGCUUAAAAAGCAAAAAAAGUUCCUUACUGGAAUGAGAUAAGUAGUAAUCUAUAAUCCUGUUUUUUAUCUUAAUACUAUGUCUAGGUAGAACUACCUUAGCUUGUUAGCCUUGAAUUUACAUUCAUUGUAUACAAGCUAAACAUUGAAAGUAGAAAUUCUUGAAUGCUACAUACCAAGAGCUUUGAUGUGCUCUUACAGAUAUUAAGCUGCAAACUAUGUAGUGAAUUCAAAGUUAUCUUUAGUGAAAAAAGAAAACUGCCUGAUGUUUUUAUUCUGCACUUGCAUUUGUUUACUGUCUUAUUAAAAUUAUUUAUAAGUGUAA